AUGGCGAGAUUUGCCUCCCUGGCCUUUGACCUGGUCAGCGAUGUUUGUCGAAAUUCCAAGAUACUCAGCAGAGUUAUGACUCCAGCAAUCGAAGCUUGCAUGUUGAGCGGUGAUGUUACCAACACCAGCGGCCAUGACGAUAAGAAGUUCACUGCCUGUGCUGAUAUCACGAUCAGAAUAUUGCUCAGCUGGUUUCGCCAGCUGAAAGUUAACAAGAAGAAACGGGACACCGCUUUCAGGCGGCUUUCUGAGGCAGAGAAAGCCAAAGUCACAAUGGUCAUGGAUAAGAUCGAGCUGAAUGAGGAGGAGGCUGAAGAGGCUGCCAAGGAAGAAGGUGGCUCUGAGUCCGAUGUGGACCUGACCUUUAUGGUUUCUCUUGAUUCCCUGUGUACGACAAACACAGCAGUGGAUCAUAACCCGACGACCUCUGUCGAGAUCUUCGCGACCGAGGAGAGUUCUGAAUUGCACCGAAUGUUCGACAAUGUCCUCAUGUCUCCUUCCACUCCUCCUCCUUCCGGUGGUGCUCCUUCCGGUUCUGCUCCUUGCGGUUCGGAUCCUUGCGGUUCGGCUCCUUCCGGUGCUGCUUCUUCCGGUGCUGCUGCGGCAGAGCAGCCGGUGACUCUGAGCAACUUGGAUCUGAUUGCUUUGGCCAGAAGUCGCAGGCCUGCAUUCACGGAGACCAAGACAGCUUCAGGAUCGAAGCCGAAGGCCAAGGCCAAGGCCAAGGCCAAGGGUAAAGCCCAGGCGACGGCCGUGGUUAAAAAGAAACUCAAGUCGAAGGCGGUUCAGAAGAAACCGGCGGCUGCGGUUGCAAAGGCCGUGCCUUCCGAACCGGCGGCGGCGGUUGCAAAGGCCGUGCCUUCCGAAGCGGCGGCGGCGGUGGCAAAGGCCGUGCCCGGUCAGGCCGAGCAAAUCUUUACUGCUCCGGAUGGUGCUGAGUAUAUGUUCAUGAUGUACGACAGAGGGGUGUCCAGAGUGGGCCUGGCUUCAGAAAGGAGGGCAGCGAUUGCUCGGGAGCUCAUGGACAUGCUGGUUGCUGGCAAAUCCCUGCAAGAUGUGAUAGCAGAGGAGCAAGAGGCUCCAGAGGAGGUUGAGGAAGAAGUGGACCCAGAAGGAGAAGAGGAAGAAGAGGACAACGACGAGGAGGUAGAGGAGGAGGAGCAGGAGGAGGAGCAGGAGGAGGAAGAGGAGACCCCAGCAGCCCAGCCCAGUAAGCCAAGACCGGGGAUCCUGAAGUCGGGAGGAAAGCCAGGGGGGAAGGUUGUUGCAAAGGCGAAAAGCACAGCAAAGGCGAAGGUGAGCCCAGCACCCAGCAAGGCACCCGCAAAGCCAAAAGCCAAGGCCGACCCUGCCAAGCCCAAAGGGCCCAAAGCGAAGGCCAAGCCGAACCCAGCACCCCCAGCACCCACAACGCCCAAGUCGAAGUGCAAAGCCAAGCCCGCCGACCCUGUCAACCCUAAAGCGAAGGCCAAGACAGCACCCAAAGCCAAGGCCAAGGCCGACCCCAAGGCGAAGGCCGACCCCAAGAAGAAGACCAACCCCAAAGACAACAAGGCCGACCCCAAGAAGAAGACCGAGCCCAAAGACAACAAGGCCAACCCCAAAGCGAAGGCCGAGCCCAAAGACAACAAGGCCAACCCCAAAGCGAAGGCCGACCCCAAGGCAAAGGCCGACCCGAAGCCAAAGGCCUUCACAAGGAAGCGAAGCAUGGCAGAGGCCUUGACCGGCGACUGGAUCAAUGGGCUUGAGCCUGAGGAGUCCGGCGAGACUCCAGCAGAAGAGCCGGAGGAAAGCCAAGCUGGGCCGGGUCGACGAGACCGCAGCAAGCAGUUCAAGUUCAACGUGUUGCUCGCAGCAGGAGCAGUGCCAGAGAAAAUGAAGACGGAGUGGGAGGCUUUGAGGAAGCUUGCCCUCACCUGCGACACCGCAGAAGUGACGGGGGAAAGCAGUCUGGAGAAGAAGCAGGCCACUGGGUGGGGAGACAAAGGAUUGCCGAGAACGCUCUUUAAAGGGCGCUUUGGGUUGUCGGAUGAGCAGCUAAGGGCCGCGAUCUUGAAUGAUGAAGUCUCCGUUGUCACCCAAGACAACGUGGUGUUCUGUCAAUGGCGAACCUUGAAGUCCACUUCGAUGGACGAGCGAAAGAACGUGGCAGCGAUCAAGUCCGAGGCUGCGAGAGUCUCUGGGUCCCAAGCAGGACAACUCCAAGUCCUGUUCGACAGUGUGUCGAUGGAAAGGCCUGAGCCGACAGAGGAGGACCUCAGGAACGCCGCUGCCUCAUCGGCUGCUCCGCCGACCGUGGCGGUGCCAACCAUCAAAGCCAUCGAGGACAAGAAGGAGGAGCCUGCCGUGCCAGCGGCCUUGUCAGAGGCCGACUGGUCGAAAGCGGACGGGCUCCUAAAGAAGGCUGAAAGCGCCGUCGAGAAGCUCAAGAAGGAUGCAAGCAAACUGAGCGACAAGAUCAAGCAGAACAAAGACGACCCCCUCCUCAACAAAAUGAAGGCCACCAUCCAAGCUCUGACGGACAAGAAAGCUUUGCUGGAGCAUGUGCGAUCCUUCCAGGACCUGCCCGAUGGCACCCGCAUCAACAAGGAGAAUCUCCAAACGACCCUGCUCGAAGCAGGCCACACAUGCUGUGCUGAAUCGGCGACCCUCUUCCCUCGACUCGCGACCCUAUAUACAUCCGAACCCUUCUGCACAGGCCAGCUGUGCAGCCAAGUGGUCGAGGAGAUCACUGGCUGGACAGCCGCCAGUGAACUGCCAGGCUCCAGAUUGAGAGUUUGGCUCCUGGAACAGUUUGCAUGGGACCUGCUAUCACCACAGCAGGUGCAAGCAAUAUCUGCUGCAGCAUUGCAUGAUGCCAGAGAACGAACUGUGACUGACCUCGAGCCCCUCGCCAAGCUUGGAAGCUCCGGUCAACACAGCAACAAUGUCAACAGGGACUUGAUGAGAUUGGUCGGGCAGGAGCCACUGAUGUACAAUCCCAGUCGCACCACUUUGCGAAAAAAUGCUUCUGAAGUGCCCGUGCCCGUCGACGGAGUGCCCAGCGACGAGCAUGCCUACACCAUCAGCCUGCCACACGAGUUAUUUAGCAGCCUCUACCACAAUUACAAGGCAGCGUGGAAACAAAGGGCUGCCGCAGUGGGAGGGCCACCCACUGGCAUCGGAGCCAUCCAGUGGGAGGGCCACCCACUGGCAUCGGAGCCAUCCCAUCAGGUGAGAAAAAUCAUACCAUUAUCAUUGCACGGGGACGAAACACCGGUGCUGGCCAAGGGGAAGAUUUGGUCCUCUUCAGCCUUAGUGAUGUCAUGGGCUUCCCUUUUGGGUAGCGGCUCCACGAAACAAAGCCAGCUCUACAUCUGGGCCGCCUGGCACAAGUCAUUCUCCAAAGAGACGAAUGGUGACCUCUGGAGUCUUUUACUCUGGUCUUUCGAAGCCUUGUGGUCCGGCGUUUUCCCGAAAAAAGACUGGCGAGGAUAUGAUUUCGAUCCCCACAGUCCCGAGGGACAGCGAGCUGGCCAAUACCUCGCGGACGGCUAUAGAGCUGUCUUGGUGGCUAGCUGUGGAGACCUGGACUACAUGGCACAGUUCCAGGGCCUUCCCCGGUGGAAUUCCAAUUCCCCUUGUUGCUUGUGCCAGUGCCAGAAAAAAGGAGACCGCAGUUGGCACUGCUUUGCGGAGGAUGCCGCAUGGAGGACAACUCUGUGGACCCCUGCUGCUUGGAAAGCAUGGCCGAGCCGAAGCAUGAACAGGAUGUUCCAGAAGGACCUCUGCUCUGUGCUGGUGGUCCAUUUUGACCUGAUGCAUUGCCGGUACCUUGGCUAUCUCCAGCAGCUCUAUGGAUCGGUUUUUUGGGUCCUCUGUGAGGAGACGAUGCAGGGGAGUCCAAGCGACAAUCUGCAUGAACUCUGGGGCUUUCUGAAGACAUACCAAUCCACCCACAAGGUGCACAGCCCGUACUCCCAGAGGCUGAACAAGGUCAGCAUGUACAAGAAGAAGACCGACUUUCCGAAGCUUCGUGGAAAAGCGGCGGAGAUCAAGGACAUGGCAGCAGCCGUGCGGGCAAUGUGGGGUCAUUUUGGUGUUCCUGGUCAGGACUUCCAAGAGAUUGGGUUACUCUUGGAUUUGACAUGCAAGUUCGAGGAGAUACUGGAGGAAUGGCCCAUUGCAGACGGCUAUUUCUGCCUUCCUGCCGAAGCUGCAGACAGACUGAAGACGAACUUUCGGGACUUCGCAUGUUUGUAUGUCAUGGUCGGGGAUCGCUUUCGCAGCGAAGAUCGUCGGGCCUUCAAUCCUACGGAAAAGAUUCUCUUCUUCCGGAACAAUGCAUGUUUUUCACAUUUGUGGCUUUUAUAA